UCACAAAGCGUCAGUUGCGCAAGUCUGGAAACCCCAAUUGCGCUCUGUUAUUCUGUACAGACAGUUUGCUUUAAUAAACAACAAUAGCAGUCAUCACAUUCGUGUUGUAAUUAUGAGUGAAAGCGUGAGCUUUACCGAGGGAGAGUUUUAUGAGGUGCAUUUUGACUCACGUGCAUAUGUUAAGAAUUUCUAUUCUUGCCCUCGCGGUCACUCUGACGAGAAAGAUUUCCUUACUUUCGUUUUGAGAAGCCUUAGCAGAGUUUUCUCAACAGGAGAACAUAAAGGGCAGCUGCUGAUUGAGGUUGGCAGCGGACCAAAUAUCCACAGCGUCUUGAGCGCGUGCGAACAUUAUGACGAGAUUGUCUUGUCUGAUUUCGCCGAUAAUAAUCGAAGAGAAAUCGAAAAAUGGUUGAAAAAUCAAGAAGGCUGUUUAGACUGGACACCUAUUUUACAGCACGUCUGUGAACUGGAUGGGAAAAGCCCGUCUGAUUUGGAGGCUUUACUGAGGCAACGAGUCCAAAAGGUUUUAAAAUGUGAUGUGCGGUUGGAGAAUCCGUUCUAUCCGCACACAUUGGAACCAGCUGACUGUGUCAUUACAUCCCUGUGCCUGGAAGGAGCAUGUAAAGACAUUCAGGUAUACCGUCACGCUUUACAUGGGCUGACCAAGCUCCUGCGUCCUGGUGGACUUCUCGUCAUGAUAGGUGUUUUGGGUGAAACCUUCUACAAGGUGAAUGAACAGUCCUUUUCCUGUCUUAAAUUGAGUCAGUGUGAUAUUGAGGAAGCACUCGGAGGUGCAGGCUUCUCCAUCCAUGAGUUUAAUAUACUGCCUGCAGAAGACCCCAAAAGCAACUCUGUGUCUGACUUUGAGGCUGUUUUUCAUCUUGUGGCAAACAAAUCUUCUGAAUUACAGACCAAAUAGAGAAACUAACAGCGAAAAUCAUUCCCCAGCAGCCAUUUUUUGAAAAAGUUGGCCGCCAGCAUUUUUUGUUAUUUUCACAAAAUGCCUUCCAGGAAAUGUUUCUUUUAAAAAUAUAUAAACAUACAAAUAUAUCAAAUGAAAGAACAGACCCUCUGCUUUCAAACAAACGGGUCAUUCUACGGAAAUGUCAAUUUUUCUGUCCCUAGCCUUUACAGAAAUAAUACACUUGAAACACCCUUUAGGGUUACAAUUUUUUUAUAUAAAUAUUUGAACAAUGACACUUUCUUGAGCCAUCAAUGUAGCAAUAUUUGAUUUGUAUUAAUUAAUUAGAAUUCCAAGCACCAUAGAAGUGCUCUUCCCCACAGUCAUGUACAGAGGUAAAAUUCUUUAUUUUGAGAUCAAGAACAGUGUUUUCUUCCAUUUAAAAUACAAUAAUGUGUCCAUUACUAUCAAAUAUAUGAUGUAAAUUACAUUAAAAGACAAAAUGCUAAAUAAAUAUAUAAUGAAAGUAGUGGUCCCCUGGAGUUGUGUCACUGGUGUUACCGUUUAACAAAAAAGCUCUUAAAUCAAAAUCACACUGAUGACAUCACUUGACUUCCUUCUUUCAAUUUCCUGGAGAUCUAUGAAGAGACACCCACAUAAAUCCACUGUCUCUUUUCAGUUAUCAGAAAUCUUCUCAUUUAUCUCAUGAUUUCAUAUGAAGCUUUUAGUUUAAGUCACUGGUGACCUCCCUUAUUGUUUGGGAAUUGCAAAAAACUAGAAUACAAAUGGAUUAAACUACUUAAUUUAGUUAAUAUACAAUGAUUGUCUACAUGUGGUUUGAUACUUUGCAGCAGAAAUUUUGUAAAAUGCAGUUUUCAUGAAAAUUGGCACUGGUGUUACCUUAUGGGUAAUACUAGUGACUGGUGAUUUGUUGUGUCACUGGUGUUACUGUGUUUUUUUUUCUUUCACAUUAAAUAAUGUGACAUGAUGAUAAUUUUUUAUUCAUUGAAUUCUGCUACGCUUUAACACCUUCAUAAACACCUUUUAAUAUUGCUAAAGAAGUAAGCUAACACCAGUGGCAAAAAAAGGUCUAUGCCGUCUUGGAGUACAUGCACAAAAAAUAAAAAAUCAUUAAGCUGUCAUUUAUGUGUACUUAUAAAGUCAAAGGGUAAUCUAAUAAUGUGGUCUAAGUUUAAAUGUUAGAAAAAGAAAUACAUUUUAAGACAUCUUGCCUUGCCAAAAGUGGACGUUUCUGUAGAAUGACCCAAACAUUAAACAAAACGGGGAAAAAACUUUUAAUCCUAUCUAUAUUUUUUUUCUCUGCUUCUAAACUCUUAAAUAUGUGUAUUUUUCUUAAAAAAGUAUAAUUGCUUUUUUGUAAAGGAAUUUUGUUAGAGAUCAGAGAAUGAUUAUCAAAACAUACACAGAGUUUAAAAUUAGUAAAUAACGUUUCGGCUUCAGUUUUUCAUAAAUUGGGUGAGUGAAAACUUGUCAGUGUCAGGGAAAGACUUAAAUCACAUUAUUAAGUGGCCACUAGAUCAGAUAAGUUUUUCUGGAUUGAAAAUGGUUUUAGGUGGUGGCGACAAACUUUUCCAUUCACACAGUUAAAAAGUAGGGUACCCUAGACCUAGCAGAUAUUUUAUUAGCAAGGUGUGUUUGUGUUUGAUUAGGAAAAAACAGGGUUUCUAAACACUGGAACAGCUGAUACAACACGUUAUCUAUUAACAUGUGUAGGCUACAUGAUCAAAUAUUAAAAUAUUGACAAAAGUUAAUCUCAGCCUUUAAACUAGUUCUAAGAAGUAUUAUACGUUACACCAUGAGUAGAUAAAUAGCAAUGCCAUCAAGAUUUUUUUUUAAAGCAGUCAGUUCCUUUCAGAGAUACAUAUCAGAUAUGCAGUAGUGGGAACUGGUGGUCAAAAUUACACCUUACAGACAGGGUUCUAAAUUAACUUUUUUGACCACCAGCCAAAGUGGCUGGUAACUUUUUGAAGUUACCAGCCAAUCAGUAUUUCCACUAGCCAAAUUUUUCCCGGUGAAAAUAAAAGAAAUUUAGAGUGCCACUGAAUGCAACAAUGAUUUUUUUUUUUUUCGAAUGCAUGCAACAAUCCUGACAAAACAUGACAACAUGUU